CUCCGACUCAGUAGAUGGCACUACAAUCUGCUGAAUAUCUCAUUCCGUUGGAGCUUCCUGCUUGGCUGAAGAGCUGUGGCAGAGCUCCAAUUCCGUGGAUCGGAAGUAUUAUUAUUGUUUUAUUGGUUAAUGUAGAUGGUAUAACUCAUGUACCAAUUUAUAAUUAUCACACUAACCCCAUGUGCUCAUGUACGAUACUUCACGGUGUAUGGUUCGUGUUUGGACAGGCCUAAGGUUAAAUAGGACGGGUACAUUGUUUAUAUUCUUGCGUAUAAGGGACUGUGAAGUUUUCGAAGCUGUGGGAUUGAAUUCUGAAAUGUCUACGCCGUUCGGUGUCCUGUUUAAAUAAACUGAACGGCUAAUCUGAUCUGAAAAUGAAACAAGAGUACCAGGACCUCAUCUUGCAGGCGUGCGGCGCGUCAAAGAUGAGUGUAGGCGCAAACAUCCAGCCAUUAUGGAGCGGCUAUGGGAAGAUAAUUCGAGUUCAUCUGGAAGGGAGUGAUCGGCCCUCCGUUGUUGUGAAACACGUCAAAUUUCCAAAUGAUACCGAGCGUACGGAUCACUCUCACAUGCGUAAAGCAAAAUCGUACCACAUCGAGAGCCACUGGUACAAGAACUACUCCACCAAGCCCAGCUGCAGGAUACCAGCAUGUCUGGCGACCCAUUCAUGUGGAGAAGAGAUGCUGUUAGUUCUAGAGGAUCUUGAUGCGGCCGGCUUUGAUCAACGAAGGACCAGCGUGAAAGACAGAGAAAUACGUGUUUGUCUCAGAUGGCUGGCACACUUCCAUGCUCUCUUCCUGGGUGUGGAUCCAGAAGGCCUGUGGCCGGUUGGUACCUACUGGCACCUGGAGACCAGGCCAGAUGAGCUGGAGUCCAUGGAGGACGGCAAGCUCAAGACAGCUGCUGGGGACAUCGACAGCACCCUAAAUGAAUGUCACUUCAAGACCAUUGUUCAUGGGGACGCCAAAUUGGCAAAUUUUUGUUUUACCCAAGGAGGACGGGAUGUUGCGGCAGUUGACUUUCAGUAUGUUGGCGGAGGCUGUGGAAUGAAAGACGUUAUUUAUUUAUUGGGAAGUUGUCUGGAGGGGCGAGAGUGUCAAAAGAAAGUGCCAGGCUUGUUGACCCAUUAUUUCAAAGAGCUAAAGUCGUCGGUUAACAAAGAGGUGGACUUUGCUGCCCUCGAGGCGGAGUGGACAGAGAUGUUCGCGUUUGCAUGGGCAGACUUCGAUCGUUUCCUGCUGGGGUGGAUGCCUGGACACUUGAAAAUAAACUUUUACAGCCAACAGUUAACCAAUGAAGUACUACGAAAAUUAGAGCAGUAAACUGGAAAUAUGAAAAAUUCAAUGAAGUCAGCUCAGUGGUUUUAGAAACAAACCUGCAACAUGUGUACACACCUACAACACACAUCUUUAGCAAAUUAAUAUACUCCACUGUAAAAUAGAUUAUCUUUAUUAACUCAUUUACUCAGUCAUUUAAAACGAGUAGCAUACAACUUAAUUAUUGUGUCAGAUAAGUACUGUUUUCAACAUAUUUUAUUUCCAAAUGCAACAUAGUUAAUUUGGAAAUCCAUCUUCCCACAGUCCAUAAACAUCCAAGAAAAAGUGUCAAAAUGUGAAAAUAAAAAAAUUAAAAAUUAAAAACAUG